AGCGCAACAACACCUUAACACCCAACUAAGUUUUCUGUUGUGUUGGCAAGAAUUCAGAGUUCGUUUCAAUGGCCAACCCCGGAUUCCCACCGCAGCCUGAACAAGAGGGCCUGCAGCCUGGCAUAGAAUAUAUCAUGCAUCCACUUCCGCAACCCUUGAACCCUCACUACAAGCCCUCUAACAAGCUCCUCGGAAAAGUAGCUGUGGUGACAGGAGGCGACUCUGGUAUUGGAAGAGCUGUAUCUUUAUAUUAUACUUUAGAAGGUGCAACUGUGGCCUUUACAUAUGUAAAAGGCCGAGAGGAUGAGGACAAGGAUCACACGCUUAAAAUGAUAAGCGAACUAAAAGUAGAAGGAGCAAAAGACCCUAUUGCCAUACCAACUGAUCUUAGCUAUGAAGAAAACUGCAAAAGGGUUGUUGAUGAGGUUAUCGCUGAAUAUGGACAGAUUGAUAUUCUGGUGAAUAAUGCAGCUGAACAAUAUUACACUACCAACAUUGAAGAUGUCAAUGAAACUAGACUUGAGAGGUUAUUCAGAAUCAACGUAUUUAGUUACUUCUUCAUGUCCAGGUAUGCUUUAAAGUAUAUGAAGCAAGGAAGCUGUAUCAUCAACACCACAUCUCUCGUCGCCUAUGCUGGCAAUUCAAAGUUGCUGGAUUAUAGCUCCACUAAAGGAGCCAUUGUAGCAUUCACUAGGAGUCUAUCCCUGCAACUUAUAGAAAAAGGCAUUCGUGUCAAUGCUGUGGCACCAGGUCCUGUAUGGACACCAUUGGAAGCAACUUCUCUACCUCCUCAUGAGCUUGCAAUCUUUGGAAGUGAGGUACCAAUGAAUAGGGCAGCAGAACCUUAUGAGAUCGCACCUGCUUUUGUAUUUUUAGCUUGCAAUGUAUGCGCCUCCUACAUUACUGGCCAAGUUGUGCAUCCUAAUGGUGGGACAAUCGUAAAUGCUUGAUUCUGAUAAUCAAAUUUCUGUCGCGAAUAAAUCACAGAAUAAUUUACAUAUAAUUCUAUAUAGAUUAUGUUUUGAUAAAUAAGGAAUAAUAUGGAGUUGAUGUCAUUUUUAUUGUUACUAAUGCUUUGAGAUCUUUGAAUUUAUUUUUAUUUUU